GCGGCGGGCACGGCGAGCGAGGCGGAGCCUGGGUUUCGGUCAGGCUGCGGCUUGCGGCUGUCGGGCUGUAGUUCAGAAGAGGGAGGCCGAGGCCUGGGCCCAGCCCGGAGCCGCUGCCCGACCGGAGCCUCCUGGAGCCCCCGCGCCGGCUGAUCUUAGGGGCGGGCUCCGGUUCGGCCCGCCGCCGCACGCAGGACCGAGGCUGCAUGCCGGAGGACCAGGCCCACGCAGCCAUGGAGGAAGCAUCUCCCUAUUCCUUACUUGACAUCUGCUUGAGUUUCCUGACCACUAACCUUGAGAAGUUCUGUUCAGCACGACAAGAUGGAACAUUGUGUCUUCAGGAACCUGGAGUAUUUCCACAGGAGGUGGCUGAUCGACUGCUUCAGACCAUGGCAGUUCAUGGUCUGCUGAAUGAUGGAACUGUGGGAAUUUUCAGGGGUAACCAGAUGCGGCUAAAGCGCGCUUGCAUUCGAAAAGCAAAGAUUUCCGCUGUUGCUUUCCGGAAAGCCUUCUGCCACCAUAAGUUAGUAGAACUUGAUGCCACGGGUGUGAAUGCCGACAUCACUAUCACAGACAUCAUAAGUGGCCUUGGCAGUAACAAGUGGAUCCAGCAAAAUCUUCAGUGCUUAGUACUGAACUCAUUAACUCUGUCCCUCGAGGAUCCUUAUGAGCGGUGUUUCAGCCGGCUCUCUGGUCUUCGAGCUCUGAGUAUCACUAAUGUGCUCUUUUACAAUGAAGAUCUGGCUGAAGUUGCUUCAUUGCCUAGACUGGAAAGCCUGGAUAUUUCUAACACCUCAAUCACAGAUAUCACUGCCCUGCUGGCCUGCAAAGACCGACUGAAGUCUCUCACCAUGCACCAUUUGAAAUGUUUAAAAAUGACUACUACCCAGAUCCUGGAUGUUGUUCGGGAACUAAAACAUCUGAAUCAUCUUGACAUCUCAGAUGAUAAGCAGUUUACAUCAGACAUAGCCCUUCGAUUAUUAGAGCAAAAGGACAUCUUGCCCAAUCUUGUCUCCCUAGAUGUUUCAGGGAGAAAGCAUGUGACAGAUAAAGCUGUUGAAGCCUUUAUACAGCAGCGGCCCAGCAUGCAGUUUGUAGGUUUGCUGGCCACAGAUGCUGGUUAUUCCGAAUUCCUUACAGGCAAAGGACACUUGAAGGUGUCUGGAGAAGCCAAUGAAACUCAAAUUGCAGAAGCAUUAAGGCGGUACAGCGAAAGGGCAUUUUUUGUCCGGGAAGCUUUGUUUCAUCUUUUUAGCCUGACUCAUGUGAUGGAAAAAACAAAGCCAGAAAUCUUAAAGCUUGUGGUUACUGGUAUGAGGAACCAUCCUAUGAAUUUGCCUGUGCAGCUGGCUGCGAGUGCCUGUGUGUUUAACCUAACUAAGCAGGACCUUGCUUUAGGCAUGCCUGUCCGGCUCCUCGCUGAUGUGACCCAUUUGCUGCUCAAGGCCAUGGAACAUUUUCCUAAUCACCAGCAGUUACAGAAGAAUUGCCUCCUCUCACUUUGCAGUGACCGGAUUCUUCAAGAUGUUCCAUUUAACAGGUUUGAAGCAGCCAAGCUUGUCAUGCAGUGGCUUUGCAACCACGAAGAUCAAAACAUGCAAAGAAUGGCAGUUGCUAUCAUUUCCAUCCUGGCUGCCAAGCUUUCUACAGAACAAACUGCACAGCUUGGUGCUGAGCUUUUCAUUGUCCGGCAACUUCUUCAAAUAGUGAAGCAGAAAACUAAUCAGAAUUCAGUGGACACUACAUUGAAAUUUACUUUGAGUGCCCUUUGGAACCUCACAGACGAAUCCCCAACAACAUGCAGACAUUUCAUUGAAAAUCAAGGCCUGGAACUCUUCAUGAGAGUUCUAGAGUCUUUCCCAACUGAGUCAUCCAUUCAACAAAAAGUUCUAGGACUUUUGAACAAUAUAGCUGAAGUACAAGAGCUGCAUUCUGAAUUAAUGUGGAAGGAUUUCAUAGACCAUAUCAGCAGUCUCCUGCACAGUGUGGAAGUAGAAGUCAGUUACUUUGCAGCUGGGAUUAUUGCCCAUUUAAUAUCUAGAGGUGAACAAGCAUGGACCUUGAGCCGUAGCCAGAGGAAUUCUCUUCUUGAUGAUUUGCAUUCAGCUAUUUUGAAAUGGCCAACCCCAGAGUGUGAGAUGGUAGCAUACAGAUCCUUUAAUCCAUUUUUCCCACUACUUGGCUGUUUUACCACACCAGGAGUCCAGCUGUGGGCAGUUUGGGCCAUGCAACACGUUUGCAGCAAGAAUCCUUCAAGAUACUGCAGCAUGCUGAUUGAAGAAGGAGGACUACAGCAUUUGUACAACAUCAAAGAACAUGAACAGACAGACCCCUACGUCCAGCAGAUUGCUGUAGCCAUUCUGGACAGUUUAGAAAAACACAUUGUGCGCCAUGGGAGACCCCCUCCUUGUAAAAAGCAGCCCCAGGCCCGACUAAAUUGAUAGCCAUAGAUAGUUGGAUAAUGAACAACAGGAAUCAUUUUUGUGGUUGGUUCAUUUGGAAUAAUAUGCUCUCUGGUGUUGGGGUGUGUGUGUGGUGUGUGUGUGUGUGUGUGUGUGUGUGUGUGUGUGUGUGUGAAGAGUCCUGUGAUCCAUUUGGGAUUGGUAAUGUACAGUACUGCCCAUGUGAACAGUCUGAUUUGUCUUGUGAUUUUUAACUUAUGAGGCAAGAAAGGUCUUCCUUCAUUAUUGUCUUUUAGGAAAUCUUUCAGUGUUUGAACUUAACCUGUGCUUGAGAUGCUACAGUUCUAUGAUAAAUUGCACGAACCCUUAUGCCAGACUUGUCUAGAGUCCCUUCCAGGUCAUUUGCAGCCAGGUCAUCUGCAGUGUGAGCAGGGCUGCUGAUGUGACAUUGGCUCUGCCUCGGUUGUAAGUUUUAUACUGCUUCUGUAAAAAUGCCCUCAUUCUCUGUGUAUCUCUCACAAGAUGGCUUCUUUGUGUGAGUGGAAAUCCAUUGUGUCUCUGGAAGCUCUUGGCUGUUUGGAGCCUGGAUAGCAGUCAAAGAAAUACAAAAGAAAAGCCAUGGACGAAGAACAGAGUUGAACAGGAGUUAGACAUUGCUUUUAUGGUAUAGCUCUGAGAAUGGGACAGGUUCUCCUUGUCCCCCUCUACCAAGGCCGGGAGCAGGAGCUGUUCUCCAUGCUGAAUGCUGGAAGCAUGGACUGUUUCUGCAGGUUACUCUAGAAAUACUCCCCAGUUACCACAGUGUCCGGUGUCAAAGCCUCUCCGAGACACUCGUGUUGUAAGAGUGAGGUUUUUUCAGUGUUGUUGGUUAACACUGUCUGUUUUUACCCCUUCUUCCCCACUAGAGACCACUCAGAGUUAGUUUGCUUAGUUAAAAUACAAAGGGACAACAGAAAGUUUGCUAUAAAAAUUUAACCUUGAGCUGGGCUGUGGCUCAGUGGUAGAGUGUGUUCUUACCAUGUAUGGAAUCAAUACCCAGCACCACACACAAAAAUGUUAAUUUUUUCUUAUGAUAAAAUACAAAUAUCUGUCAGCAUAAAUGGCUCAUUCCUGUACUCCUGUCACUCAGGAGACGGAGGCAGGAGGGGUGCCAUGAGUCUGAGGCCAACCUGUGUUAGAGUGACAUUUAGUAUAUCUUCAUUAUGUGUUCAUGUUAGAAAAAGAUGUCCACAUCCCGCUUCCAAACAUGCAAGAGAAGAAUAGGCUGCUGCUAAAUGAUUAAAUAUGUAGCUGACCAGGUAAAGGAAAUGUUUUUGAUGGACUUUUUUUAGACAGUUGCCUUUCCUUUAAGAAAUUGAUACAAUGAAGAAUCAGUUAUUGUCCUAUGACCCUGGGAGGUAUCAUGUUACCAACAAACUUAAUUUCUAUUUCCAUUUCUAUUUUAAGCUGGGAAUAGUAUGAGACAGAGGGGUUACACGUUGGAGGAGAGCUUAGACUACAGAGCUGUAAACCAGCCUGGACCACACAGGGAACUCCUUUCUCACAAAACAGAACAAAGUUUUUAUUUUAAGGAGGCUUGGUAGCACUUGCCCUUAAUCCAAAACAUUAAGGAGCAGGUGGCAUUCAAGCCCUGCAUGGGCUAGAUAGCAAGACCAAUUUCAAACAGGUACAGUAACAAAAUCCGUUUUGUGAAUAGGUUUAAUCUGAAAUCUCAUCUGACCACAUUUUAUUCAUACACAUCUAAAAUGUUUUCAAUAGAGUUUUAAAAUGAUAUUUUUAAGUAAGUCAGAAAUAUUUCAGUUUAGAAAGGAGCUUGUUUAAGCUGGGCAUGGGGCAUAUACCUGUAAUCCUAGUGUGUAGAAAAUGAGGGGAGAAGACUGAAUUCUAAGCCAGCCUGGGCUACGUGAGAGUCUCUGUCUCUAGGAAACCAACAAGCUGAUUGAUUUAUUAGUAUGCUUUUAACAUGUCUGACUCAUGUUUCAUACUACUGUCACAGACAGACUUUAGACUUGAAUGUUUUGGGCUUCCUUCGUAGGAAUGAAUACAGAAUCAAACUGAAAGAAAAUAGAUACAUAGAAUUAUCAAAAAGCCAUAUAAAACAAUGGUUGAAUUCUUUCUUCAUUGAUUCAAGGGAUUUCUAGAGCCAUAAAAUAAAUUUUUCACCUGCGAUGGUUGCUCAAACAUGAUCUGCCACUGGAGAGACAGGAUUGUUGAAAGUUUGAGGCUAGCCUGGACUACCUAGUGAUGCUGGUCUCAACAGCCUCCCCACAAAAAGAUGCAUUUUUCAUAAUUAUGCAUAUUUCAGAAGAAAGAAAAUUCUUUCAAAGGAGUUUUUGCAUUUUGUUGACAUUUCACCCUCAAUUUUAAUGUCUAAAAUUAAAAUUCUGACAAUAGAAUAGUCUGCAGUAGCUUUGCAAGUUGGUGGUGUUGACCAGCCAGGUCUCCCUAGUCUACUUUGGGGAAGCCUGUUGGAGAACUUUGGUGUCCAGCGUCAGGACAAAAGUGCGUGUUCCUAUAAGCUGCUACUUAAACUUUCUACUUUUGCAAAUCGUUAGAAAAAUAAAGCCAGGUGUUGUGGUACACACCUGUAGUCUCAACAUCACCAACUACAUAGCAAAUUCAGAACCCUGUCUCAAGAAGCAGAACAAGAAACGGUCAAAAACGAAAGAAUUUUUCAGAAUAAUCUGAUACAUGAAGAUUCAAAAAGAUUUCAAUUUAUAUUUGCAGGCCAGUCAGGGCUACAUUGCAAAACUUAAAUAAAAAAUGAUCACAUCACAAAUGUAUCAAGAUGUUAGUGCCUCUGUGGUUUUGAUUUUUGUGUGUUGGGGGGUGGUAUAUUUGUUUUUUGUUUUGAGAUAGUCUCACUAAGUGUAGACCUAAGGCUGUAGUCUACUUUGAUCCUACUCAGUUGACAGUUCAGAGUAAGUGAUAAGGUUCCAGGCAUGUGCUACUGUGUCUGGCUCUGGGAUGGAUCUGAAAGCCAUCAUUAAGACAGAAUUUUCAAGAAAGUCCUGAAUAUAGCUAAAAUAUAGUAAUUACAUGUGUGGUAUGUCCAGCCAGUUUCUACAGACUUCCCCUUUGUAAUUGGAGACUAUAAUGUAAGUGCUUGAUACCUCCAAAGUCAUUGGCUUAGGGAUGUGCUUUCAAGUACAGUUUAGACUAAGCUGGAUGACCUUGGUGAACUCAGUGUACUCAGAUACAAGCCAUUGGGCCAGCAAAGCAACACUUGGAUCUGCUGAAGGAAAUGCAUGCACAAGGCCCCGGGGCCAGCCCCAGCACCCCUCCCAGAAAGGAAGUGGAAUUAGACUUUGUAAGAUUGUAAUCUAAUAAAGCAAAGUAUAGCAAAUCACA